UGGGGGGGGCGCCGGGGUCCGGACGCCCCUUCCCCGGACAAGGGUCGGGGCUGUCAUUGUCUCCUGGCCUCCCUCCUCCGUCCUCUUCCUCCUGCGGCAGCACAGGCAGAUCCGCGUUCCUUGAGGAAGAAAAGAUGAAACUGAAACCUUUGGCCUGUGGCUAGAUGGGUUUGCGGAACUCUUUCCAAGUACAAGCGAGUCCAUGUCUUUUUUGGAUUGUUUCUGCACCCCACGGACACAAGUGGAAUCGAUCGGAGCCGAAAAGGAGCCCGAGCCCAGCGGCAUCCAUCAGUACUGGGUAGAUGAGCCAAUUCUCUCCUGGGUCCCUUCGUCUCUCGGAGGAAAUGAGAUGCCCUCACACUCCUCCAAUGCUUCCCACUAUGAACUCCAAGCAGAAAUAGGAAGAGGAUUUGACAACUUGACUUCCGUCUACUUGGCGCGGCACACUCCGACCGGCACACCCGUGGCCGUAAGAAUCACCGACCUGGAAAGCUGUUCAGAAGAACACCUGGAAGCGCUGCAGAAAGAGGUGGUGUUCUCCCAUUGCUUCCGCCACCCCAACAUCCUGACGCUGUGGACGGUAUUCACUGCAGGAACCUGGCUCUGGGUCAUCUCUCCCUUCAUGGCCUACGGUUCGGCGAGUCGCCUCUUGAGGACUCACUUCCCCGAAGGCAUGAGUGAGGCCUUAAUAGGAAACAUUCUUCUCGGAGCCGUGAGAGGCUUGAACUAUCUCCAUCAGAACGGCUGCAUUCACAGGAGCCUUAAAGCCAGUCACAUCCUGAUUUCCGGAGACGGCCUGGUCACCCUGUCUGGCUUCUCCCGCCUGUACAGCCUGGUGGAGCACGGGCAGAAAUCCGAAGUGGUGUACGACUUUCCCCAUUUCAGUUCCGCCGUGCAGCCGUGGCUCAGCCCGGAGCUACUGAGACAGAAGAGUUUUGCCAGGACGCAGCGAAGGGGAACGCCUUUAACCAAAACCGACGCAAAAUGGACUCGUCGAUUCGGUCAGCAGGACCUGUAUGGCUACAAUGUGAAAUCGGACAUCUACAGCGUGGGGAUAACGGCCUGUGAAUUAGCCAACGGGCAAGUACCUUUCCAGGACAUGCAUCGGACGCAGAUGCUCUUGCAAAAGCUGAAGGGUCCUUCCUAUUGCCCCCUGGACGGGCACGCCUUCCCCGCGGUGGAAUGGAGGACGAAGACCUCCCGGUCGGGCAUCGACUCGGGGAUCGGCGAGAGCGUGCUGGGGCCCAGCCUGACCCGCGCGCCCCUCGGCCAGCGGCCGCCGCCGACCCCCAGGACCUUCUCCCCGGCCUUUCACAGCCUGGUGGACCUCUGCUUGCAGCGGGACCCCGAGAAAAGGCCGUCUGCAAGCAGUCUGCUGUCCCAUGUGUUCUUCAAGCAGAUCAAAGAGCGUCCCCGGGAUUCGUUAGUGUCUCUGCUGCCGCAGGCCCUCCGGCCUAGCAAGUCACCCGGGGCGAUGCCCCCCGCUAAGUCCCCCCCAGGCCUCACCCCAGAGCACGCUGCCGGGGGAGACCCGGCCUGGGAAUUCUAGGACUGCCGAGCCGUCUUCUCCCCCGUCCGCCUGACGGUGUGUCUCCUUCCCGCUUUGUUUUCUUCCUCUUGGCCGCCCUUAGUACGGUCGGGGCCCGCGGCGCAGAGCUGUACUUGAAAACCCGAUUGUUGCUGCACUGGAAAACUUCGACCGUCGCUGUCGUCAAACCACUCGCCUCCGAGGCCUCGGGUGGGGGGGGACACGGCCUCCAGGGCCGGAGUUCCAGGGAAACUUCCAAGUUAGGAAUCUCGUUACUUCCACACCGUGACUCCUCCCGCCCCCCAAAGCGGGGCUUCCGUGGCCGGCGCCCUUUCCUUCCACCUCGGCAACCGGCUGGGCCAGCUGGAUGGCAGUUGUCCUGGAAACGCGCCCAUGGGGACGGGGUUGGUUCAUCCUGGUACCCGGAGCGUCCGAGAAGAGGGGGAUGGAAGGGGUGUCCUUUUCAGGGGCGUCUGUACUGCUACCAAUCUGAGCCCGUCUUGAUUCAUUUAAUCUGUGUGGAUAACUGGAGCUGGAUCCUGAAGAUGCGACCUAAAAAAAUCUCUGUUUUCCGCAUCCGUCCGCCCGAACUCCGGGCACCUUGUGGGAGCGAAAUAAGCGGUCGCCGACUGGACUGAGCUUAGCAACGGGUACUUUUGUCCCUCGGGCGAUGACCGCUCGAAUCUCAGCACCAAGGUUUGGAGCCGAAGUCCACCCUCAAGGAUGACCUCAACCUGGAGAAGCAGCUUGGCCUGCUGGAAAUCAAUCAAUCAAUCAAUCGUAUUUAUUGAGCGC